GUAUCUGUAUGCAAUGCUCCACCCAUCUCUUUCAUUCCUGACUCUUUCAGCAAGUUUAAACCUCAAAGCCAACCCCAUGAAAACAUCCAGGUGAGACCGAAUCAGUAAGUAUCGACGCAAGGCCAGGUGGGACACUCUUACCCGCCGGGCAGGAAACUUUUCUUUUACAGGGCGCCUCUGUGUCGAAGGUUCAGCUCAUUAAGAACUUUAUCCCACUUAGUCUCCUGAGGAGCUCUUCCAUGUCCCUCAGCCUCCUCCAUCCUCUCCUCCACCUCUAAGGCAGCAGUGAUGAACUGGUCUACAUUGGAGGGACUCCUCGGUGGGGUCAACAAGUAUUCCACCGCUUUUGGCCGAAUCUGGCUCUCCAUGGUCUUUAUCUUCCGGGUGUUAGUGUUCUUGGUCGCGGCCCAGCCAGUGUGGGGCGACGAAAUCAAGGACUUUAUUUGCAACACGGCCCAGCCGGGCUGCACUAACGUGUGCUACGACUACAUCUUCCCCAUCUCCCACGUCCGCCUGUGGGCCCUGCAGCUCAUCUUCGUCACCUGUCCAUCGUUGAUGGUGCUAGGGCACGUCUUUUAUCGCGAGAAGAGGAACUUGGAGUACACCACCACGCACAAGGGCGGCCAUCUGUACGCCAACCCUGGGAAGAAACGUGGGGGGCUGUGGUGGACAUACCUGGCAAGUCUGAUUUUCAAGGCAGGCCUUGACGCUGGCUUCCUCUACAUGCUGCACUACGUUUAUGAAGGCUACGACAUGCCCCGUCUGUCCAAGUGCUCCCUGAAGCCGUGCCCCAACACUGUGGACUGCUACACAUCACGUCCCACUGAGAAGAAGAUCUUCACCAUGUUCAUGGUCGUCUCCUCUGCUUUGUGCAUCUUAAUGUGCAUCUGUGAGAUAGUUUACCUCAUCGGCAAAAGCAUUCAGAAAUUCAUUAGUAAGAAGAAGCUGGCAGAGAGGAGGAUGUUCGCCGAAAAUCACGAGAUGAUGCCGCUGGCAGCAUCCAGGUCAAAGUUCAGAUCCAAAACAUCGACCAGAGUGGAUCCAACAGUCUCUAUCGAAAACCUCAGUAACAUCAAGGCUGAGGAGUGGCCAUCUAAGAAAGAAUGAUGUGGAAUAUGGCAGCGGCCAUGUUGAAAAACUGAACAAAGUGCUGAAGGGGCCACUGCGAGCAAAUGCAUUCAUCAGACUCCACCGAGAACUGCUGCUCAACCCCAAAGAGAUAUACUGUACAUCCCUUCAGAGGUUUCUGAGGCAGCGUUUUUAGGAACGAAGACCUAAUGCAUGCAGAUAAACCCCUCAAAAAGAAGGGUUAUAAUACUAUUUUUGUGUAUGUAUUGUUGGCCUGAAGUACAGUAUGUUUAAGCUGUUCAGGUACUUUGUAAAUAAAAGCAUAAAAUGUUAAAAGACUCCAAGUGAUGAAAAAACAGUAUUGAGAGCAAAUCCUUUUCCUGAACACACACACUGCCCCCUUUUGAAUAAAACAAGAUAAUGCACCAGAAA